AAGAAUUGGGGAGCAGCAUGAGCACCACCUUGCCGUCCGCGCCGACUGAGCUCUCGCAGUUCUCAAAGUUGUGCGAGCUACGCCGAAAAUAUCCGGUGCUGUACCGGGUGGAGUUUCAGACGGCGACGAAGGUGGAGACGCAUUCGUGUCGACACGCUAUGAAGCCCGCGAACAAGGAAAAGAACCAGAAUCAAAGGUGUAUUCCAUAUGACUAUAAUAGAGUAGUGCUGGAUACGAUAGAAGGCGAGCCCGAUUCCGAUUACGUUAAUGCCUCCUACGUAGAUAGUAUAUUGAAGCCGAACGCUUACAUCGUCACUCAGGGACCUAUGGAGAACACGGUGACGGAAUUCUGGCGGAUGGUCUGGCAAGAGCAGGCUUCCUGCAUCGUUAUGCUCACGAAAACCUUCGAUUUUAUCAGGGUGAUGUGUGUGCAGUACUGGCCGGCGAGUAAAGACAAAGACGAGGAGUACGGCGGGAUCGGCGUUUCCGUUUUAAAAGAGGAGGAGCUCGCCAAUUUUCACAUAAGGACGAUAAAGCUCUACAAGAAGAACGAGAACGACGAGGUUACGGAGGAAAGGACGUUGCUGCAAUUUCAUUACACGGAGUGGCACUCGCACACGUGCCCGUUCGGGAACGCGGUGCUGGAAUUUAGACGUCGUGUGCGAGCGGUCGUAGGAUCGACGAUAACAAACGAAUCCGGGCCUAUGGUCGUCCACUGCAACGACGGAGGCGGACGAUCGGGGGUAUAUUUAGCGAUCGACGCGAACAUGGAGCUGGCCGAAGAAGAGGACGCAUUCGACGUGUUCGGUUACUUGAAGAAGCUGAGGCAGAGCAGACGAGGACUCAUCGAGAACUUGGAACAGUACAAAUUCAUAUACGACACGCUGGAAGAAUACGUGGUAUGCGGCACGUCGUGGUUCCCCGUGGCGGAACUGUCGCAACGGUUGAAGCAGAAGAGCAUAAAGAACUCGAUAACUAAGAUGAACGAGUAUCAACGGGAGUACCAGCAGAUCUGCAAACAGACCCCGCGCUUCACGAUCGGCGAUUGCGCCGGUGGACACCGGGCCGACAACAGGGAGAAGAACAGAGACGUCCUGGUGGUUCCACCGGACAACUUUCGGCCGUACCUCACCAGCUUUCAGGGGAACAGUUUCACGGAUUACAUAAACGCUGUCUUUGUCGACGGAUACACGAAACCGAGGGAAUAUAUCGUGACGGAAUGGCCUCUUCGACACACGAGCGGUGAAUUUUGGUCCUUGGUUUACGACUAUGAGUGCGCCGCGGUAGUGGUGCUGUGCGUGCCACCUCAGGGCUCGACAAAUUUCCCCAGUUUCUGGCCGGAGGGAAGGCACUCGAAGAAAUACGGCCCGGUGUUCACGAUCGACCACAUCAGCCACAAUCAUUACACCAACAUAAAAACCUGGGUCUUCAGGAUAAACAAAAAGAUCGUCUCGUUGACUGAACUAAUGGCGGGAGUAAAGGCGCCGCCGAAGACCGUGCAACUGUUCCAAUUGACCUGUUGGCCAAUGGGCCACAAAGUGCCCACCUCCACCAACAGUUUAGUCGAGCUCAUGAAUAUGGUGGAGAGAUGGAGACAACGAACGGACUACGGACCGGUGGCGGUUGUAUCGCCCGAUGGCAGAAGUCGUUGCGGAGUCUAUUGUGCAGCCAACGCGUGCAUAGAACAGGUCAUUCAACACGGCGAGGUUGACAUUUUUCAGGCUGUCAAGACCGUACGCCGGCACAGGCCCCAGCUUGUGGAAAACAUGACGGAGUACAAAUAUUGUUACGACCUAGUCCUGCACUACGUGCUGCAUUACUUGAACAAAGACAUGAACGAGAAGAAGUGAGAAAACGAGUUGAGGGACGAGCUG